AUGGCUGGUAAAGAGAUGUCCCAAACAAUCUUCAAAGGUGCCAAGAAUUUCAUUAAAAUCGAGAGGGAUCCUGACGGAAAAUAUCUGCCGGCGUUGAAUAAGGAGGCGCUUGAUGAAUUAAAGCAAGUCCAUCAGAAACUUGUGGUCGUUUCGGCUGUUGGAGCUUACAGAACUGACAAAUCCUAUUUACUGAAUAGGUUGUCCAAAAUGGCUCGUGGGGCAGAGUUUACAGUUGGCCACAAGUCCGAGCCUCAAACCAAGGGAUUGUGGCUGAUGAUAAUUGAUCAUCCAAGCUUACCUGACUGCAAGCUUGCUCUGCUGGACACAGAAGGCGUCGGCGAUACGAAAAAGGUAGCUGAUCAGACAAAUUCACACGUCAUAGGAGGCAGUACGUUUAUUAUGUACAAUAACGUUGUUAUCCCUUCCUUAACUUCGCCUAUCUUUACUGCUGAAAUGUCGAAGUACUUAGUUUCGAAAGCAAAGAAAGAAGGAGAUGAUGACAACUUCCAUAAGUUCUUCCCAGAGUUGGUAUACGUCGUUAGAGAUUGCCACGUUGACCUGAAAGAGAACGGGAGGGAAAUCACGUCAGACGAGUACUUCGAGAGUGUCUUGGCUGUUGAUAACAAUGAUGACAAGACAGGACAGAGGGCGAAGACACGGAAUUCAAUCAAGAAGUACUUUCCGCGAAGGAAAUGUUUCACCUUGGAUAUACCAGCAGCCAAAAGGAGUGUAUUGUUAAAGAUGGACACUGUUGCCGAUGAUCAACUGAAUGAGGACUUCAUCGAAACCAUGAAUAAAUUGCUUCAGUACAUCUUAUUUGAGAGCAAGUCCAAGGUGUUGCAGAAUGGAAGACAAAUAAAUGGCCGUCAGGUAGCCACGUUGGUCGAGACUUACGUCAACGCCUACCGUAACAAAGAUGUUCCAAAUAUCUCCUCGGCGCUGGAAGACCUAAAGGCAGAGGAAAACAGGAGAGCGCUUGAACAAGCCGAAUCGCUAUACGGCCAAGCUAUGGAUAGUUUUAAACACAACAUGCCAACUGAGUCAAUGGACGACGUUGAACAUCAGCACAAAGCCAUAUUGAAAGCGAUAUCAGCGCGGAUAUAUGCAGAUGUUAUACUCGAGGACGAUGAAAUAAAAGAGUUCAUCAAAGUACUUGAGCAAACUCUCAACGCGAAGAAAAUAUUCUACAUCGAAGAAAACGAACGUCUGUCGAAGGAGAAGUGUGAUAUUACACUCCAGGCUUUUAAUGAACAGCUACAGGCCAAGAAGGUCAAUGGGUACAAUCGUCCUGGGGGUUACCAGGAAUACCGUACUGACAUGAGCAACUUGAAGGACAAGUACAGACAGAUCAGUGGAUUGGGCGUCAUGGUAUGUCGAUGUACAAUGAUUGUUGUAUGUGUAUAG